AUGCCGCAGAAGGUGGAGGCAGGAGCUGCUGCAGCUGCUGCCUUCCUUCACGAGAUACAUGUCCUCAGUCUGUUCUUUGUCUCUUUAUUUAGGAAAAUAAAAAAGGGAGUGCAUAUGAAAAGGUCACAGAAUGCUAGGAAAAUGAAAGCAAUUGCUAGGGCUGUAUCAAAGAAUGAAAAGUCUGAGGAGAAGAUCCAGAAAGCAAAAAGCAAGAAGACAAGAAUUCAGUCUGCCAAGUCUUUGUACGACUGA